AUGGGGAGAAUGAGCAGCACUUUGUUGCUGUUGGUGACCUUUUUUGCCACAUGUUAUUGCCAGCUUAUGCCAGUGAUAAACAUGUCCACCGUGGUAGAAAUAAGAGAGGACCUUCCAGUGGGUGCAUUUGCCUUUAAAAUCGAGGCAUACGAUCCAGAUGGUGACUCACUGAGAUAUGGAAUUAAAGACAUCAGCCCUGCCGAUAACAAUGCAUAUUUCUUCAAUGUUGAUGAAAAUACAGGCUCAGUGACUAUCAAAUCUAAGCUUGAUCGAGAGACUUUAGAUCUGUUUGGGAUACAGGUUGUUGUGAGGGAUAAUGACUAUGAAGAAACUAAGGACAUUUACAUCUCAGUGAAAGAUGCCAAUGAUAAUCGGCCACUAUUUCAAGGUUUGCCAUACGGCGUUUCCAUCCCAGAGAAUACAACAGUGAAUACUAUUAUCUUUCGAGUAAAUGCAACAGAUGCUGAUGCUGGGCUGGCUAAAGUUGUGACUUACCAAAUUGUUGAGGUGAUGCCAAGUGCUGGUACAAGUCUGUUUUCAAUCAACGGGGGUGAUGGAAACAUAAAGCUGGAGGGACAGCUUAGUUAUACAAGCUUAAGCUCAAACUAUCAGCUAAAGAUCAGAGCAACUGAUGGUGGCGGACCUCUCAAUGAUGUGGAGAAUUUCAUUCAGUCCAGUGAGACAACUGUUUUUAUCACAGUCACUGAUGUACCAGAUCUUGAUCCCCAGUUUCUUGGUACACCUUAUCUGGCCACUGUGGAUGAACACUCCCCUGUAGGCAAAUCCAUCUUGAAAGUGCAGGCACGAGAUCCAGACACAGGGGUCAAUGAUGCAAUCCGAUACAGCCUAAUAAAUGUGGCAGAGUAUGACCUGUUUCAAAUCAACGAGGUUGAUGGUGUGAUAACUGUAAAAAAAAACUUUGACCGGGAAGAUUUCUCAGAUCCAGAUAAAAUUGUUGAGCUACAAGUGAAGGCAACUGAGGCUAACCCCAAUGUCAACGGAAUCCAUGCUUCCGCAACAGAAAAAGUACAAAUUACUAUUGGAGACAUCAAUGACAAUGAACCCAAGUUUUACAAUUGCGCUGAUAGUUCAUGCCUAGAAGAGAGCAACUUCAAUGGAAACAUAGAUGAGCACACCUCUGCAGGACUUCCUGUUGCAGGCCUGCAUAUUAAAGUGAAAGAUACAGACAAGGGUGUAAACAGUCAAUUCACACUACUUCUAGAGGGGACAGAUAAGGACGCUUUCUCUGUCUCGCCACUGUCUGCAUUAUCUGAGAGCUUUGUGCAGAUAUUAGUCAAAGACUCCAAUGCUGUUGAUUAUGAGAAGAAAAAAACUAUGACUGUCCAGGUCAUUGCCACAGAUGCACAGGACCCUGGGAAACAAUCUACAGCCACUGUCACUAUUCAAAUCAAUGACAUAAAUGACAACAGUCCAGUGUUUAAGAACGACACCUAUAGCUUAGCAGUGGAAGAGCAUUGUGCAGAUGGAACUGUUCUGGGCGUUAUUACAGCAACGGAUAAGGAUACGAUGGACGCCAACAGUAUUACCUACAGACUGGUUCCAGACAGCAUACUGCCAUAUUUUGGUGUUGACCCAAAACAUGGAACGAUUUCCGUCAAUAACGGCAAUCUGCUUAACUGGGAGGGCACGAAUUCAUACUCUCCUACUUUGCAAGCCAUAGAUACGGCUGGCAAUAUUGGUAGCACAAUCCUAGAGAUCACAGUGUUGGACAUUAAUGAUCAUGCUCCAGAGAUUAACCGGAACCCAUACGAGGUUUUAGUUGGAGAGGGCAGCGAUUUGAAGCUUCAGAUCCAAGCUAUUGAUGGGGAUAAACCAGGAUCAGCCAACAGCAAACUCCAGUAUCGUAUUGACAGCAGCGAAUAUAGUAACAUGUUCACUAUUGACAUAAACACGGGUUUGUUGGAGAACAGAGUUCCUUUGGACCGUGAGUCCAUCAACCCCUCGCUGAAUGGACUGAUUAAGCUGAAUGUGACUGUCUCUGACAUGGGCACGCCACCCCUGUCCUCCCAGACUCAAGUCUUUAUCACUGUUGAGGAUGUCAAUGACAAUGGUCCAGUGUUCGACAGAUCCACUUACACUUUUUAUGUAAAGGAACGUGAGACAGGCAUACCUGUUGGUUCUGUGUUUGCUCGUGACGCAGAUCAAUUAGACUUCUAUAACCGGAUUUCCUACCGCAUUAUCGAGGGCAGUUUUGGGAGCUUCCUCAUCUCUUCAGAGAAAUACGAGGAUGGCUACAAAGGGAACAUCAUUGUAGAUCCUGAGGUGGAACUUGACUAUGAGAGUAACCGUAAGACUUACACUCUCAAAGUGGAGGCCACAGACCUAGGCCAGAAGAAGGAUGAUGCCAUAGUAGAGGUGGUGGUGGUGGAUGUGAAUGACGAAACGCCUGUUUUCCCCAACGGCAUCUCCAUAACUGUGAAGGAAAACACCACUUUUAGUGGACCUGUGGAACUAAUUGAAGGGACUGACCCAGACACUAACCACUCUCUAGUCUAUGAGCUCACGGGCACCGAGUGCCGCUGCAAUGGCUCCAUUGGGCCCUGUCAGGAAGACUGGCUCAUCCUGGAGCCCACUGGUGCCAUAAAAACUAACCCAGACAAUGUGAUCGACCACGAAAUGUGUGAUCAAGUGCUCAUGACAGCACGAGUGGUUGACAUCUACACAGAGAAGGGACAGAGUAGCAGUGAGGGUGUAGUCACCAUCAACAUUGAGGACAUCAAUGAUAAUGCCCCAGAAUUCACUGCAGUCAUGGAUUUUUUUGUUGUGGUUUCUGAGAAUGUUGAACAGGGUACAUCAGUUGCAAGUGUUCGGGCCAAAGACAGAGAUUCUGCAAUGAAUGCUAAAAUCAAGUUUGACGUUUUGUCGGUACAAUUUGCUGGGAGUGAUGGGUCUCCAGAGCAGAAUGUGGGUACGAUCUUCCAAGCUGAGAGCAGUGAUCAGGCAGAUGCACAGGGCUUCUACAGUGGCAUUAUAACGUCUCGUCAGACUCUGAACAGUGACAAGCGAGGAAAGUACCUGGUGAAUGUGGCAGCUACUGACUCUGGUGGACUUAGAACAACUGAUGUAUUACAAGUUUUAACAGUUGACAAGUCCUUCAGAGUUAGCCUUCAAUUUGAAUCUUCAGUGGAAGACGUCACCAGCAACCUAGACGAAAUAAGAGGGAAUCAGCCGGUCACUUAUUUAGAGACCUAUUUUGUAUUCCCCAAUGGAACUGCCCUCGAUUCUGAUGCCGUCUGGAGAAUUCUGAAUCAAAAGGAAGUGUAUGAGACUUAUGGAAGCGUAUUGCGUCAGUAUGGUCUCACAACUAUUAUGACAGGUAAUUCUGAGACAGUCCAAGAUAGGACUGACUUAUUUAUUUUGAUUGGAGUGGUGGGAGCCCUGGUUAUUGUUCUGGCUGUGACAACCACAUCCCUCAUUUGCGUUAGAAGGAGUUACAAGACGAAGCUGAAGGCAGCCAAAGCCAUGAACUCUGCAAGCAUGGUGGCCAUAGAGGGUCAGAAGGCUGGUCCUGUUGUGCCUGGCACCAACAAAUACACUAUGGAGGGGGCAAACCCAGUGCUGAAUUUGAAUAUUGACACCAGCACAGACCUUGGCUUUGAUGAAGAGAGCUCUAAUCCAGACAAACUGAGUCUUAAUUCGCUGGACUACAACAUUGAUAUGACCAUGAGUGAGAAAGACACAAUGCCAAUGAUGGCCAUUGAGGAGGAAGAUGAAGAGAAUGGGAGCAUGCCUCAUUACAUUGAACCACUAGGAGAGGCGCUGGCUCAGCGAGGCAAGAAAAAAGGGUCUGAGAGUCCCGUUUUAAGUUUCUCCAACCCCUCUGUGAGCACCACUGACCUGUGA